AUGGCUGACGGUAGCCAAUCGAUCGGCAGCGGCGGCGGAUCGUACCGGCCGGACAGCGGCGCGGAGGCGUCCGGCGGGCUCGAAAAUUAUCAAGAUCAGGGUGGCGGGGUGCAUGUGGUAGGCGGAAUUGGCGGCGUCGGCUUACCUUCCCUUGAUAAUACUUCUCACCAUCUCACUAACAUCGGCAGGCUGGAGUUAGGGUUAGGAAAUAGUAAUGUCUCUUUGCGCACCGGCGGUGGGCACAGCAUACCUCACGGCGGCAUUCAGGGCUGGGGGCAUGGCCGUGGGGCAGGCGUUCCCGCGCACUUUGAGUCCGGCUAUUCCCGCGGCGCUAACCUGGGUGAUGCUGCUGACGCGCGCAUGACGUGGCCUGCGUCAGCGCCGAAGGCGUGGUCCGACGACGGUGCGGUGCGGAACAAGAUCGCGUCGUCGCAGGCGCGCGGCGAUUCCAGCUUUCAGAAGCACAGCGCGCCGGCCGCUUUUGGCGGGAGAGGGCCGCACGUUUCGUCUAACGUAAGCAUGGACUUGCCUAGCAGCAGACACGUAAGCAGCGGAAGGUUUGACGGCGCCGCGGACGGCGGAGACGUGGGGAACCGAGGCCCAGGGGGACCAGGGGGUUACCGCGGAACGAUGGCGCAGCCCCACGUGCGGAUGUGGGGGAAGGCGGAGCAGCAGGCGGCGGGGCAGAAGGGCGGGGGUGCGGAACAUGGGGGGAGGCAGGGGGAGAGGCAUGCGGGAAGGCUUUCUGGCUGGGACGGCGGGACGGGUUUGGGAAUUGGGUUUCGCGGGGAGAGGAUGGGUGCGCGCGCGUGCGCGCAAGAGGUGGCGGAGGCGCAGACAAGGGACGAUGGCGCAGGGGAAUCGGGGGACUCUGACGAUAUGCUCGCGCAGUUUGAAAGGGGAGGCGCAGCGCAGCAGCAGAAACAGCAUCAGAUACCGCAGCAAGAGCAGCAGAAGCAGCACGAGCAGCAGCAGCAACAAGGGGAGCAGCAACAGCAACAGCAGCAGUUACAGCAACAGCAGCAGCAGCAGCAGCAGCAGCAGCAACAGCAACAGGAGGCGGAGCAACAGGUUGAGAGUAAGACGAGCUCGGUCGCACUCAACAGCGGAGCACAAAGGGGCGUGAGGAGGAGCAGGGGCGGCGGUGCGAGCGGGGGGAGCGGAGGGAGCGGAGAGUGUCGUGUGUACGAGGGCGGCCAGAGGCAGGAGCAGCACAUGGGGAGCGCGAAGGCAGGAAGAGUGGGGCAAGUGGGGGGAGGGGAAGCGCCGGGAUUGAGACAAUUCAGCCCUGAUGUGUUGCUCCGUGGCGGCAGCAGUGGUGGCGGCGGUGGUAGUGGUGGUUCUGCUGCUGCUGGUGGCACUACUGCUGCUGCUGCGGCUGCUGGUGGUGGUGCUGCUGUUGCUGCUGCCUCUGCUGCUGGUGCUGCUCGUGCUCGUGAUGGUAGUGGUGGCGGUGGCAGUGGUGGCAGUGGGGUUAGUGGACCUGGGCUAAGCUUGCUAGCGCCUUCCCCAGGUGCCCCUGAACCAGUCCCCGCGUGGUGGCUGCAUCAGGGGCAGGCUUCUGCGCCCUCUCUCCCCCAAUACCCCCCUUUUUCCGCCAACGCCCCCGCCCCUUCCGCCUACGCGCCUGCACUCGCCCCCUCCGCCUCCACCGUCCCCCCUUCCGCCCCCGCCCUCCUCCCUUCGGCGUCCGCGCUUUCCCACCUCCCGCCUGCUCCCUGGCCCGCGUCUGGGCCCACAGAAUACACCAUAGACGCCACUGAUUCGUAUUUGAAAAGGACUGGUGGCUUACCUUCAGCUGCAGCAGAUGCACAUGCGGGGGCGGACGCGGGAAGGGGAGCGGGAACAGCAGGGGGCGGGGAAGGAGCUGGGGAAGGGGAAGGGAUGUGCGUUUCCGGAAGGGGUAUGUUGGGGGAGCGGGGGGAGAGGGGAGAAAGGGGCGCAAAGGCAAGAGGUUUGACGAGGAUGGGUGGUGGUAGUGGUGACAACAGGAAAGAGCAAGGCACGUAUGGAGAUACUCCCUUGUGGAGGCAACCUGAGAGGAAGGUAUCCAUGUUUCACCUGGGUCAGCCCCCCCUACAGUACCACGAUCUCUGCCCGCCCUCAGGGGCGCGUAUCCUCUGGCGCUCCCCAGACCCCUCCGAUGCUUUCGAGCCACCUCAAGCACGCACAGCAGAAGUGCCUCUCGCUCCCUCCUCCUCCGCUUCUGCCGCUGCUGCUGCUGCGGCGGCGGCGGCGGCGGCUGCUGCUGCUGCUCCGGCGGCGGCUGCUGCUCGCUCUGGGCUUGCGUCUUCCUCUCGUGCACACCUUGAGCAGCGUUUUCCGGAUGGGUUGACUUUGUCGUCUCGUGCUGCGGCUGCAGCUGUGGGCAUGGAUGGGAUGGGUGCGGGGCAGGGGGACCGAGGGGGGGUGAGUGCGGGGAAGCUCGGAGGAAGCAUGGGGAAUGUGGGUGGUAUGGGGAGUGUGGGGAAUAUGGGUGGUGUGGGGAGCUUGAGGAAUGAGCCUUGGCAAAAUUCUGGUACUGCUAGUCAAGUUGGGGGAAUGAGCAGUGAAGGCGGGGAGAGGGGAGGGGGAGGGGGAGGUGUAGUGGGAGGGGAAGGGAGAGGAGGAGCAGGGUUACCACCAACAGCAGCAGCAGCAGCCGCACCGACAGGUGCAGCAGCGGCAACAGCAGCUUCUGGUUGGGAGCUAGAAGCGUUGCUUCUUGUGAAUCGGCAGCUGAACAGGCAGAUGGAAGAAAUGAAGGAGCAGUCACGGCGAGCCAAGGAAGAAACGGAAAGCUUGAGAGCCAAGGCAGGCGCCGGGGAGCAGGGAGAAGAGAAGGGAGGAGCGAAGGGAGGAGAGAUGAGAGUGGAGAAGGGAGGUGAGAAGCCAGGAGAGACGUGUUUGAAGAAGUGUUUUGAGACGUCUCAAAACACUUCUUCAAACAUGAGAGUGGAGAAGGGAGGUGAGAAGCCAGGGGAGAGGGGAGGAGAGAAGGGGGGGGAGAGAGCGAGGGAGGAGCGGAGGGAAGGGCAGCAGAGUCGUUGGUUGCAGCCGGCUAUCCAGCGAAUGGAGAAUCAGAUCGUGGUGCUGACGGGGCGAGUGCUGCAAGUGCAACACGAACGAGACAACCUGCAGCAGCAGCUGAGGAAGAUGAAAGAGAAGGUGGUGGGUUUGGAGCAGGAGAAAGGGCAAUUAGAGGCUCAGGUGGCGUUACAGAGAGAGCAGUUAGAGCAGAUGGGCCAGAUGGGAACGAUGGGGCAGAUGGGAACGAUGGGGAAUCUGCAAGGAGCAGCAGCAGCAGCAGCAGCGGGUGCAGAUGAGAUGGAGAGGGAAGAGGAGCCGCGAGGGCAAGGCGCUGUGAUGUGCCAUGCGGAUGUGGUGACUCUAGAGAUGCUGCAGAACCGGCUUGUGCAAGGCAGGGCGUCGUUUCAAGAGGGUGGGAGCAGUGGGAGAGAGGCACGCGCACAGGAAGGCGGGCGGGUGGCUGUGGCUGUGGCUGUGGCUGGGGGUGGUACGAAGGGAGUGAGAGCGAGGGAAAGAAGAGACGAGGCAAUGGAGGAGAACGAGGGGGGAGAGAGAGGGGAGGGGACUGGGGGGGGAGGGGCGGGUGCGGGGAGAGAGGUUAGAGACGGGAGAGGGGGGAUGGAAGGGAUGGAAAAGGGGAUAGGGGAGUUUAUGGUUUCCCGAACAGGAGGGGCUAUUUGCGAGGGAGGAGAAGUUGCUGGGAAAUUGAAUGGUGCCAAGGUUUUGACUGGUGAAGGUAGUAUCAUGGGCGUGUAUGCAAAUGAGAACAGGGUUGGGGACAGAGUUGGGGACAGGGAGGGAGACCUGGAUAUGAACAGAGCAAUGGUGGGUUCCGAUCAAGUAGGUCACAUGGGGGUCUUCGUUGCUCCUCCUGCCUCCACCCAUGCCAAUUCCCAUGCCAACACCCAUGCCAACACCCAUGCUAACACCCAUGCUAACACCAAUGCCAACACCCAUGCUAACACCAAUGCCAACACCCAUGCUAACACCAAUGCCAACACCCUCACGAGGGUGCCGAUUGGCGGUGUUGGGAGUGGGCGACGAGCAGAGGCAGCAGAUGCAGUACGGGCAGUAGCAGAGGAGGCAGUGGCAGUGCGAGGCAUGGUAGAGCAAGCUUUCGCUAAGGCGCAGACACUCUCUCAGCUGCACAGCACUUGGCUGCUGCAGCAGCAGCCGUCGCAGCAGCAGCAGCAGCAGGAGCAGCAGCAGCAGCAGCAGCAGGAGCAGGAGCAGCAGCAGCAGGAGCAGCAGGAGCAGCAGCAGCAGCAGCAGGAGCAGGAGCAGCAGCAGCAGGAGCAGGAGCAGGAGCAGCAGCAGCAGGAGCAGGAGCAGGAGCAGCAGCGACAGGAGGAGAACGGAGAUGCAGAGGGAGAGGGGCGAGGGAAGAAGAAUCCAGAAUUAGGACAGGCAGAGACGGUUGUGCAUGGUAAGAGUGCUUGUGUGGGCGCUGUCAGUGGUGAUGGUGAUGGAGCAGUGAUGAGAGCUCCAGCAGCAACAACAGAAGGAGCUGCAGCGGUAGAGGCAGCGGUGACGGCAGGGGAAAGAGCAGUAGCAGCUGGGGCGCUAGUGUUUAACGCAGUGGGCCCAGGUGAGAGUAGGGGAGUUAAGAGCUCGUUAAAGGAGGAAGGCAAGCAGCAGCCAGCAACUGGAGGAGCAGCAAGAGAAGGAGCAAGAGCCGAGCCGGGGCGUGGUGAAAGCAACAGGGUGGGGGAUACCAGUGCUGGUGCUGCUGCUGCUGGUGGUGGUGGUGGUGCUGGUGGUGCUAGUGGUGAUGGUGACAGUGAUGGUGGUGAUGUGGGGGAUGUGCACUUGCAGCUGCUGGCGUUGGCACAUGACCUUGCCAUGGCAUGUGCGCUGCUGGGAAGCCUGCAGUCCAAGGCUCAGAUGGCACAGGAGUGGGUUGGGGAGGGUGGUGAGUGGGGCAGGGGAAGAGGAGCAGGGAUGAUAGAGGGAGGGACAGGAGUGGGGACGGCAGUGGGGACGGCAGUGGGGACAGCAGUGGGAAGGAGUGGUCAAAGCAGCGGCUGGACCGGUGGGGCAAGGGCGGGUAAAGCUUCCCUCUUCAUUAUCUUCUUCACUCACACUCUCUUUCCACCUGCCCGUUCCCGCUUCCUCCGUCCCCUGCUUCCAGAAGAGUUGCGGUGGUGGGAGGGGCAGUUGUGGGUGGGCGAUGGGCCUAGGGACUCUGGCACUCGCAAGCGCAAGGCAGGGGAGGGGGAGCAGUUGCUGCUGUUCAACCGAGAAGGGCUCUUGCAGUGGGGAGGCGGGGCUGCAGGGGGGAACGUGUCAGGGAAUGGAGGGGGAGCAGGGGAGAAUGGAAUGGGGGGAUCUUGGGGAGGCAGGGGAGAGGGGUGGGAUGCAAGGCAGAGGCAGAGGGUGGAAGGAGGAGGGGACGUGGAGGGUGGUGAUUGGCAGGGGAGGGCGAGUGUGGGGGGGAAAGAGGAGAUGGAGUUGUGGCAGGAGGUGUCUCGAAUUGAGCAGAUUUUAAACGUGGGGGAAGCUGGAGGGAGAUUUGGAUUUGCUGGUAGGGUAGGCAAGGGAGAGGAUGUGAGGGAGGGGGAGGUUGGUGCGGCUAGGACAGGAAUUUGGGGCGGCAGAGAGGGUGGGGUGCACGUGGCUGAGGGCCUUCGGAGGCUAGUGGGGAGGGUUGAGGCGGUUGUGUUGAGGAAUGCAGAGCUUAUGGCAGCCAUGGAUGCCAUGGCUGGGAAGACCAGUAAUGCGUGA